GACGAGCCUAAAAUGGUUUUUUUAGCAUAAUAGGAAGUAUUUUACUACAAAGAACAAACGAGGCAUAAACAGAUCUCUCUCUUAGAUGGAAACGCGACUCCUUAACCACCUUAUUCCGUUAAAAACAGAUUUGCGACGGCACCGGAGUUCUCGCCGGAUCCCUUCUUUCCGGCAUCGCCUCACCGCGAAAGCUUCUCUGAACAAUCCUCAGGGAGGAAGCUACAGAGGGCCGAAGCCGAAGAGGGAAUUGGUGGCGGAUUGGGUGUCGAGCAAUGACGGCGCCGUUCGCCGUUUGCCUAUAUAUGUCGGAGGGGUAUCUCUAUUGGCGGUUCUCGUCAAUCGCGCCGUCUCCGGCAUUGCUCCGGUAGCUGAUGCCGGCAGCAAUAGGCUGUUUUUCAGCAUUUUGACCCAAGACAACAUUUUUACUGGUCAAAAUGCUGAAUGAGAUGUUUGAUGAAUUAACAUUUUCAAUUAUCGCAAUGCUGAACUGAAAAUCCUGAUAAGCUCAUCAUUUUGAAAAACAAUAUUUUGACAUUGGUUGCUAAACACACCCUAAACCUCGUCUUAAUCAAUAAUCUUCCCAUGUUUUAUGCACGUAUUUUAUGUAGACAAUGAUCUCCUGCCAUAAUCAGAUGUGAAAUCAUAUGGAAAGUGAAUUUUGUAUGGGCUUUAAAUAGUAGGGGAUGUUCUAUUCAAUUUUUAACUCCAGUAAUUCAAACUCCAAUUUUCAAACUCUAGAUUUAAGAUUUCAUACUUCACAGUCCAAUUUGUUACUUUGUUGGUACAAUUGAAAAAAAAAAUGUAAUUUUCUUGUUGUGAUUGCACUUAGAAUGAAACCUUGAAAGCUGCCCACGCACCUCGGUCACGGGGAUCAAGCCACACAUAUGGUCAUAUCCAAGCAGGUUCCAAAAUAAACUCAUGAAACUGGACUUAACUCAUCCAAAAAAGAAUCUUUAUGAGGCUUGGUUUACCUCACACUUAUAUACUAGAGUAACUAGACUCAAAUCCAGCUGAGAAUGGACUUAACUCACCCAAAAAUAAUAAUUGUCCGUAGUU